AGAGAGAGAGAGAGAGAGGAAAUAGAAAGAGCACAAACCCUUCCCUCUCGCUUCCUUUCGCCUUGGAAGCACCGCUUCCCUUCCCUCUCUCGCGCUACGUCUCUCGCGGUCUCCCCUCCCUCUCUACGCCUUCUUAGCUUCUUCUUUUGCUCCCACUUAUCUCUCUCGGUGGAACCGAAGAGUGGGAGGAAGUUUAGCUGAGAGGUAUCGAAGAAGGGAGAAGAGGAUCGGAGAUGGAGGACGGCAGGAUUUCUCUUUCUCCGCCCUCUACCUCCUCCGCCGCGGAAUCGAACUUUUUUCAUAACUAUCCUCUCAUCUCGGCUCUCCUGGCCUUCGCCAUCGCCCAGUCUGCCAAGUUCUUUAUUACCUGGUACAAGGAAAAACGUUGGGAUGCCAAGCAACUUAUUGGAUCUGGUGGUAUGCCAUCAUCCCAUUCUGCCACAGUGACAGCACUGGCUGUUGCUAUUGGAAUUAAAGAUGGCUUUGGUAGUUCCAUGUUUGCUAUAGCAGCAAUAUUUGCAAUUGUGGUAAUGUAUGAUGCUUUUGGUGUUCGAUUACAUGCUGGAAAGCAGGCGGAGGUGUUGAAUCAAAUUGUAAUUGAACUUCCAGAAGAACAUCCUCUUGCUGACACAAGGCCACUGCGUGAACUUCUUGGCCAUACCCCACCUCAGGUUGUUGCUGGUGCCAUCUUGGGGUUUGUUGUUGCUGUCGGUGGGCGCUUGAUCAACAAAAUUGCCAGUUAAACUUGAUGUUCAUAAUGGCAAAUACAACACGACUUCAAACUCCUGUUGCUGAUCAUUGCAGCAUAGGAAAGUUUAAUCCAGACUAGAGAUCCGAAUUAGUUUCUGGGAUACAAAUAUUGUAACCAUGUAUAGUAUUGUGAUUGACAUUGGAUGUUGGGUUUGUGAUUGAACUUCUUUUCAUUGGGUGUUGCUUCAUGAAGUGUAACGGUUUAACGAUCCAUUCUUUAUGUGACUGGACCAUGUCAACUUAUGGGUUUGCUUAAAGUCUCAGAAAAUAUUCAUGCAAAUUAGUUUCCUGGGUAUGAAUUAUGAGACCAUAUUAAAAUGAGGAGAUCAAUAUUGGACAUGCUGUUUGCAA